UUGAUUACGUUAAAAGGUGGAGAACAAUUUGACGAUAGGCGCGUUUAUUUACGUUUGACUUUCUAUUAACUUGCUGAGGUGUUCCUUAAUACGUUUUUUUGUAAAAGCAACUUUCUAGCAAUUUUAUACGAAUAAAAUAAGUCUUCAAUUUUUAAGAAAAAACAAGAUAUGGCAAGACGAACGAAGCAAAUAGUUGCUAUAAUAUUUACCUCGCUCAUUUUUAUAAUUCAUCUUGUUUUCAACGGUUUAGCUGGAGCUGGAGAUAACAAUCUUUUUCCUACUAGUGUUGGCAACAUAUCCAACAAGUUUUCUUUGGAGAUCACCCCUGUGUCAAAAACCUUUAGUAUCUGGGGGGUCAUUUUUACAUACCAAGUAUUGUGGAUAAUAUAUGCUAUAAGUACUAUCUUUCGCAAUAGCAACGCAAACAAGAUUUUAUCGACAAAAUUUUUUGUCUUCUUUAACCUUGCUGUCAUUACUUUAACUGUCUGGCUGUUUGUGUGGUGCGUCAAGUCAAUAGUGGGAAGUUUCGUUGUUCUAGUAAUAGGUCAAAUAUUUUUGGACCUUACAUUGUAUUUUGCAUUAACAGAUUUUUAUGAGUUCACCUCUACUCAGAGUAACUUGACCGAAAAUAAAUGGGACCUUUGGGCUCAUAGAAUCCUCGUUCAAAAUGGUAUUUUAUUCUAUGGAACUUGGACCACUGUUGCAUCUUUAAUUAAUACUGGCAUUUUUUUAAAAUAUGAAUUAGAAGUCAAGUCACAAACUGCUUCGCUAGUUGGUCUUUCAAUCUUAGCUGUUUUAAUUUUAGCAUGGUUUAUCUUAGAAAAUUUUGUACUAACCGCCUACACUGGUUACACAUUUACAGCUUACAUUGUGUUAAUCUGGGCAUUUACUGGCAUUCAUAUUGGUGUUUGGAAUAAAAAUACUCCUGUUGCAGUUUUCAACUGUGUACUACUCGUGUUUUCAUGUCUGUUUUUGGUCGCAAGAAUUGUUAUUUUAAUCGUUCGCAAUUCAAAGAAAGCAUCUUAUGAAACCAUUGGAUAUGAUGCUAAACAAGGAGCAGUUCGCACUUAAUAAACAAGAAGCCGUUCGCACUUAAUAGGCUGUUGUCUUUAGUGUCAAUGUCUUUUGUCAAAAAAAUAAAAUUCAUAAAAAAAAUUUUUUUUAGUUUUAUUUUAGAAAAAUAAAAUUACAAUUAAUAA